AUGACUGUGGCGGUUAAGAAGCGAAAGCGGGACUCUGACGACGAAGGCGACGAAUCGGAUACACCCUCCACACCCGUCCCACGUGGCGCUGCUUCCAGAGCUUCGAGUACGAGCGACGGUACCAGUGCUAGCGAAACCGGUAGCGAUAGCGAGACCGGCAGCGAGACCGGCAGCGACGAUAGCAGUGGGAGUGAAAGUGGCAGUGGCGACGAUCAAAGUGUAUCCGGUGAUAGCGAUAGCGACGACGAUAGUGGAUCAACGGACGAUACUACGAGUAGCAGCAGCAGUAGUGAUGAUUCAUCUUCGUCUGGGGAUGAGGUUUGGGAUGGGCAGUCGGAGGAUAAUGAAGAAGUAGCGGGGCGGGUAAAAGAUAUAUGCAUAUUCUGUGGUGGAACAGAAGAGGAUGACCCCAGUGAGACUUAUGAAGAAUUACUGGAGUGUAAGCUCUGUUAUGAUAGUGCCCACCGACAAUGUGCCCGUAACCAUAAGGGACCCGGUCAACUGGCUAGUGGUGAUGCUAUUUCGGAUUGGCGAUGCCCAACUUGUGCAAACGUGAUAUUUGAAGAUGACGCUGCAGAUGCAACCGAGGAGAGGACUACCCCCCGUUUAAAACUAAAAGUUACACCUACCCAAAGCCGAAAUGCAGCAGGCAAAGCUACUCCGAACGUUGCUGAGACUCAGAAUAUGGAUGGGGCGACAAGACGACUACGGACAAGGCAUUCUGACGAAUUCAAAACGCCUUCUGGAUCCCGACCGCAAAGGCGGACUGGAAGGACAAAUUACCUUCACCUUCAAACAGACGGUGCGAGUGCAGAACCUGAACAUGAUACUUCUACUCCGAUUAGAAUAUCGAGUCGCGCGAGGAGGACACGGUUCCCGGAGGGGUCUUCGAGAGGUGCCAGUAUUCAAAAGUCAAACCAAGGAGGGCUCAUCUUGAAGCUGAAGUUCAAACCGGAAAGGCUGGCUUAUGCCAUAGCUACCUCUUCUUCGAUACUUUCUCAAUUCCCUAAGAAGGGCCAGAGGAAUUCAUCGCAGCCAUGGUUGACACCAGCACAUAACCCGUUUCAACCACAACCCCAGGUCCAAUACUCACAUUAUACCCUCUCCUACUAUGAAAGUGUUACAGACGAGAACGUGAAGCCUUACGGUGGAAUCCUUAAUGAGACUGAAACCGAUACAUCAAAAACGUUACCUUUGGCUGUCGACAAGAUCAAGUUCGAUAAGGCUCGACAAGAGGCAGACGAGGAGAAGGCACAGAGAGAGGCCAUGCUCGCUGCAUCUAUGCCGACACCAAAACCUGGUAGAAAGCAUGAUCAGGCUCUGAGAGCUAGCAACCAUGCUAGUAUGAUCAAAUCUGUUCAUUUCGGAAACCAUCAGAUAGAUACAUGGUAUGCGGCGCCGUACCCAGAAGAGUAUAGCAGGAAUCGAAUCCUCUUUCUCUGUGAGUUUUGUCUUAAAUACAUGAAUUCAGAGUUUGUACAGUGGAGACAUCGGUUAAAAUGUCCGCACAAGCAUCCGCCAGGUGAUGAAAUCUACCGUGAUGGAACGGUUUCGAUAUUCGAAGUCGAUGGGCGAAAACAGCCGGCUUAUUGCCAGAACUUGUGCUUGCUGGCUAAGUUAUUCCUUGGCUCUAAAACGCUUUACUAUGACGUCGACCAAUUCCUGUUCUAUGUUAUGGCGGAGUAUAAUGAGACCGGGUGCCAUUUCGUUGGAUAUUUUUCCAAGGAAAAACGUUCAACGAGUUCAAACAACGUCUCCUGUAUCUUAACCUUACCAAUCCAUCAGAGGAAAGGAUACGGACAUUUACUCAUCGACUUCUCUUACCUUCUAACGCGAGCAGAAGGCAGGUUGGGCUCACCUGAGAAGCCGUUAUCGGACCUCGGAUUAGUCUCAUACCGCAAUUACUGGAAGCUUACAUUAUGUUACCUCCUCAGAGACUUUGAUGGAGGGACAAGUGUUCAAACAAUGUGCGACCAAACCGGGAUGACUGCAGACGAUGUUAUCAGUGCACUUGAAAACCUUCAGGUCCUGAUUCGCGAUCCUAUCACGAAGACAUACGCCUUCCGUAUUGAUAGGGAGCUAAUGCAGACUAUAAUCGACAAAUGGGAGAGUAAGGGGUAUGUGAAGUUGAAUCCGCGUGCUCUUGUGUGGGUGCCGUUUGUCAUGGGGAGACAAUCGCUUUUGCAGGCCGCUCCGCCCACGAUCGCGCCCCGGGAGGACGAACCCGUCCUUGAGGAGGGCGUGAUGGUGGAUCAAACUAUAACUAGUACCCCUGCUGCUACAAGUAUCAAUACCCCAAAGGACAGUACCAUGGAUCAUGAAGAUUCUGUAUCCAGUGGGAAGAGUGGAGAUCCCAUGGACCUUGACUCCGGGAUGCCUCAGAAGUCCGCCACCAAUCAAAAAAAGUCGCGUAGCCCGGCCGCUGCCACGAAGCUUACCCCGCCUGAAGAUCCUCCAACCAUAAGAAAGGGCAACACCUCCUUUAUCAGGCUCGGCGAUGAUCUGUUCCGGCGAGCCGCUUCAACUCCGGCGAAGGAUUUGCCAACAAGGGUUGCAGUUGAUCCCAACUACAUACCACCCAGCCGCUUCCAACUGGUAUCGAACACACCGGGCUCUGGGCUUAAGAAGCCAAAUUUCAAUCGAUCCCCAUCCUCUGCAUCUUCAAACUCUAAAACAUCGCAGCCUUCACGUGUAGUAUCAGCUCCUCCCGUCGCGGCUCGUGCACAGAGUGUAUCGGAUCUCAAAACACCAUCAUUAUCUAGAAAGUCACAACCACUACCCACACCCCAGCAACAGAUUCGAAAAGCGAGGUCCAGCUUGUUUGAGGAGGCAAGGGAGCCCCACAACAUGACUAUCAUUCGACAGUCCUCACGCAAGUCAACGAGAGUUUCACUAGCCCCCAGAGGUCUUGUGCCGUCUCCCGCCCCUAUUAGGGACGGCCAAAUCACGGUCAUCACUAAUGGUACCGGUGGGAAUGGGGGUGGGUAUGAUUCUACAGAUCAAAUGAGCGAUUCUGUCAAAUCUGUCAAAUCGGAAUUGCCAGGUGCAAAGCCGUGA